AUAUACUUUGAUAUAUAUAUAAACUGAAAAAUGGCUGAUUGGAGAAGAAUUGAUAUAGAUGCAUUGGAACCGGAAAAAUUCUUAACAAAGGAAGACCUUAUUCCUGAUUUGCCUCCAGUUUCUCAUGCGGAAAUAGUGGAAGUAUCCAAACAAUGUCGUAGUGCUUUAUCACUGGGACAAUUCCUCGUAGCACUCACCACUGCCUUGGAUACACCUCCAUACGUUGCAGACGAGGCCACCAAGUCAUUGCAUGCUGAAACUGUUUUCGAAGUUUUAUGUUCCAUCAAAAAUAAUCACAGUGCUAAUGAUUUAUCUGGAUUUAUUAAGCAAUUGAAUGGAACUCAACAAGAUAAUUUGGUCAAGUAUUUAUACAAGAGUAUGGGUACUAGUUAUGGUACCAAACAAGGUGGGUUAUUGUUGAGUUGGUUUGAAAAGACUGUGGAGAUUACUGGUUUAGGACCCAUUGUUCGUUUCAUGACUGAUAGAAGAACUGUAUAA